AUGCCUGUCCUUCGGUCGGCCACUGCCGGCUCUGGCGAGGCGCCCAAGCAAUUCAACCAGCCCUCGAGGAAAGGAAAAAAGGCAUGGAGGAAGAACGUGGAUGUGACAGAGGUGGAAGAGGGCCUGCAGGAGGUCAACAAUGAGAUUAUCCGAGGUGGUGUUAUUCGAGAGAAGGCGUCCGAGGACCUCUUCACCAUCGAUACAACAGGCGACUCCAAGAUCCCCCAGAAAUUCCCCAAGCACGUCAAGAAGGGUCUCAAGGCCGACGAGAUCAUCAACAGGCGCUCCGCCGUGCCCGCUGUCUCCAUGCGCAAGCGUCCCAGCGACAAAACCACCGAUGGAGUUGUUCCCGCCAAGCGCCAGCGCACAGAUUGGGUCUCCCACAAGGAUCUGGCCCGUCUAAAGAAGGUUGCCGAUGGACAUCACGAGAAUACCGUCGCCGUCAGAGACGCCACGUUUGAUCUAUGGGAUGCCCCUGCGCCGGUGGCCCAAGAUCCUACGGAUUUCCUGCCUGAAAAGAUUGAGGCCAAAGUUCCAAAGUCCAUGAAGCUGAAGCCCCUCUCCCUUCUCGCCAACGGGAAACAAGCUCCCGCGGUGCCAAAGCCCACAGGAGGAUACAGUUACAACCCAUCUUUCCCAGAGUACGAGAGUAGACUCGCCGAAGAGAGCACCAAGGCUCUCGAAGCCGAGCAGAAGCGCCUUGAAGCCGAAGCCGCUGAGGCCGCGAAACUAGAGGCCGCAGCAAAGUCAGCAGCGGAAGCAGAUGCCGCCGAGGAACGGGCCAACAUGUCGGAGUGGGAGGAGGACUCUGAAUGGGAGGGCUUCCAGUCCGGCGUAGAGGACGAGAGACCCAGCGCAAAGCAGCCCAAGCGCAAGACGCAAGCCCAGCGGAACCGCAUCAAGCGCAGAAAGGAGGAAGAGCAGCUGGCACAGCACAAGGCCAACAUGAAAGCCCGCCGCGCGCAGGAGCAGCGCAUCAAGGAAAUCGCGGCGGAAGUCGCAGAAAAGGAGAAGGAAAAGGCCCUCGAGCUGGCAAAGGCCGCCGAGCAAGACUCGGAUGCCGACAGCGAGAUUGGCGAGGAAAAGCUGCGGAGGAGGCAGCUGGGCAAGUACAAGCUCCCGGAGAAGGACCUGGAGCUUGUUCUGCCGGACGAGCUGCAGGAAUCCCUGCGACUGCUCAAGCCCGAGGGAAACCUGCUCAAAGAUCGAUACAGAAGCUUGCUGCUCAGAGGAAAGGUGGAGAGCCGAAGACACAUCCCGUUCAAGAAGCAGGCCAAGACCAAGGUUACGGAAAAGUGGACGCACAAAGACUUUGUUCUAUAA